AUGAUGAUAACACAUGAUAGUGAUUCUGGUAUAUUUGAUAUUGAUCAAUUGAAACAGUCAAGAUCAUCGCUGGUAUCAUCGACGUCGUCCUCUGGCAAUAGUUAUUCUUUAGAUAAUUCGGUUUCAUUAUCAUGUUCAUCAUCCUAUAGCAAUUCGUUUCGUUCUAUACUCGAACCAAAUGAUCUUCAACAUGUGGGUGCACGGUGCAGAAGUUCGUUAAUUGGUACUGAGAGAAAUGAAAACUACUUUUUGCCAACGAAAUCCUGUUCGACAUGUAGUAGUAACAACUCAACGAUAAUCCAAGAACAUUCAUGCAAUGAAACACUACCAAUAUCGUUGAAUAGAACACAAGUCAUUCCAGCACGAAAGAAAAACAUUUAUCAAUCUACAUCAUCCAAAGUGGUUAGAAAAUGCUAUUCAUUACGUUCAUGUUUACCCUCAGCUAAGUCGAUAUCAUCUACAGCACGUUCUCCAACACGAAAAACUCAAGCACAUUUUUUUGCUCAAUUAGCUCAACAAUAUCCAUUGCUACUUGUUUUAAAUAAUUAUCAUUGUACAUGUGGUUGUCGUUUUUCUGUUCAAAAUGGUGAGACUGUCAUAUGUUUAGAAACGAAUGGAUUGAUUCAAAAACAAAAAUGGAUAACAGUUGUAUCAGGACAUUUAAUUUGUUCUAAAAUACCAAAAUCAUACGUAUGUGAUGUUUAUGCAUUAAGACAAAAUGUUAAAUCACGUCAACAUUGUUCAUUGAUCGAAACAGAGUUCUAA